AUGUAUAGACCAACGGCCAAGAAAGAGUGGUGGUUCUGCGGAACGCUCACCGUCCAGGCCCUCUUAACCAUCGCGCUUGAAACGUACAUCCUCGUGGAAUGGGAACGAUGGGUAACCCCCAACAUCACCCAGGUCCCCAUCUCCUACGCCGUCCCGAUAGGCAUGGGCAUCCUGGUAUUCGCUUGUGUCUACGAAGCAAUCCUCGCGCUCGACGCCAUACAUCACAAGAACAACAUCCUGCUAUUCGCAAUCUGCAUAUUCAACGUCUGCAGUAACAUCUUCGCUGCAAUGCGGUGCGUCUCGAUGCAACACACCACCGCCAGGUUGUUCGCGGAGAGCGCGUGGGCAGUUCCUUUGUUGGUGAAUUCUUCCUGGGACGUCUGGCCGAGGAUUCAGCCGGCUGAGAUUCUAGUCCCGGUUAUUACGAGCUUGGGGACGGGGUUGCUGUGGCCGUGUGCGUAUUAUCUGCAUCGAGAGUAUUCGUGGGCGAUUUAUAAGUGUGUGCAUGGGAGUUCGGAGAUUCGGAUGCGAUAUUUGGCAUAUGAGAUCUACCUCGUCCUGAUCAAACUUGACUUCUACUUCCUCGUCGGCUUCAUCAUCCAAUACGACCUGGUCGACGUGCACUUCAACGAACCCGAGUACACCCUAACCAUGCUCCUCAUCCCAGCCGCUUUUGUCACCAUGGUCCUCGGGAUCUACUUCGUCCAGCACGAGCGCACCUACUGCAUGAUUCCCAUUGUCGCAUGCUACCUAGGCCUAAUAGCUUACCUCCUCAGCCGGAUCAUCGUGCUCUACGGGGACGGUCCACGCGCCAACGUCAUUGGAAAGGAUAUGAUGCUUCUUUUUGCGAUUAUAGCGCUGGUAUUCACAGUCGGGACUCUUGUGUGUGCGAUUAUUUGCAUGACGAAUUUCAAUCGCGGGUUGAAGAUGGUUAACAAGCGGAAGGACGUUGCGCGGGAAUCGUAUAUGUUGAAGGGUGCGGAGGUUGAUACUUCUUAUCAGGGGCGGGCGUCGCGGAUGUCGUUGGAUUAG